UCGAAAAUGAGUAAAUUGAUGCAUUUAUAAAUUCAGAAUUUGUAUAGUUCUACACUGCUCAACUUCCAAAUGAAAAAAUUUGAAAUCUUCAUCCUUGAGAUCUCUUCGCAACUCCACACAAUAUGCAUGUUGCCUAUAAGUCUUUCAACGUGCACAUAUGCUCAUCACGUCCACCUCACCGCCACCAAGUUAUUUCCUCCACAACCUCCAAAAACAAUAUCUCAUCAUAUCUCGAAGCUGUUCCCUCACCCGCAGCCAUCUUCACUCCAAAAUUCCAAGUGUCAAAGUUUUCAAAUUUUCCCAAGAAACUCCAACUCCAUCCUCGCUGCAAGAUGUCAGGUGCCACGCGAACCUGAAGCUCCGCACAAUCGAACAUGAACUCGGUUACUCUCCGGAUCAUCCAUAACCUCUCAGAGCCCACACUCGAGAACUUGUAACCCCAGCCACGUGAUGCAAGGGACUAAAAAUUCGGACAAGCCCGGGGAUUUGUCUUCAACUCGUCGAGGUCGACGACCAAGUGAUCAAAGGAAACUCCUUUCCGACAAACAAAUUCAAUCAGUGAACGGUAAAAUACCUGCCUCGCGAUCUCAUCGGGUAUCUGAUUCCGACAGCUACUCGAUCGAAUCGAAGUCGACUUCGUCGAAGGGUUCUGCUCUGUCCGGCAAAUCCCUGAAGAGGUCGACCAACGAGGACAGCAAGGAUGUUAAACGUCAGAGAAACGUGGAUACGAGUGGAUCGGGGAAGGAUCGAAAGGCUCAGAGAACAGCCACGAUGGAGAGGCUCAGCAACUUUCAUGCGAAAUUGGGACGGGGAUUAAAGAGUAUCUCCGACAGGGCGAGACCUCGUCAGAAAAUUCGCCCGGAAAAUGGCGCUCGACGGUUUAAGGUGAACGGGCGGGAAGAGAAGUCUGAUGAAUUAAAGAAAGAUUCGAUGACUAUGAAACAAUUGUUCAGCACGACGGAGUCCUGGAGCAGCGACUCUGUGGUCAGCGAAUCGGAUAAUUGCGCCUGUUGUCAUAAAAAGGAGCCUUGUCCUCUUCAUAGAAACUACUUCUUCGAUGGGAGAUGAUUUUGAGAAAAUUUUUGGAGCUUGAAAUUUGACAUUUUGUGGAGAUGGAGUAGGUAGAGUUUCGUGUUAACUUAUUUGAUUAAGGUAAUUAAUUAUUAGGUUAAUUAAAGAUUUCUUUACGUGAGGAUUAAAUUGUAAUCGUUAGUCAAAUGUGAUUUCAGUUGAAUAUUGCAUUUGAACUUUUAAUUGAGACUUAAUUAUAGUCCUUAAUUAUAACUUGCUCAAAAUGCAAAUUUAUAUUUAUUGUCGUUUUGCAAAUUUUCAAAAAUACUGAAGCAACGAUGAGUUCCUUGAUGGGAGGGAAAUAAAUUGAAUUCUAUUUUGAGGAGGAAAAUUGAGUUCAACUAUGUAGUAGGUUGAUAUACCAACAUUACUGAACUCGAAUAUGAUUCAUCGUUUCUAAAGUUAUUGCUAUUUUUGUUCGUGCUUAUAUUCGUAAACAGGAGAAAUGAGAGACUUACUCAGCACAUAACCUAAGUGCUGGAUUAGUUAUGGUGAAAUGAUAAAUCGGCCUUCAGUAUCUUACUUUCCUUCAUUUUCACUUACGAGAUUGCACUGUAGCCAUUUGUAUCUUGAACGAAAGUGCAUUGCGAAUGGAGUACAAAUUUGCAUACUUUCAAGCAAAUUUGAAGGGCAGGGUGAUUAUCAUAACUUUGCCAUUAUUAUAGUGAAGACAUUUCUGUAAUUAAAAAUAACAUUCGAGGGCAACGAUGGAUUUUCAAAUUUCUGAAUUAGCAACUUACUAGAUCAAAAGGUAUUUAAAUUGAAGAAUUGAAGAAUUGAAGAAU